AUGUCUCAGCAUUGCCGCGAGCUCACAGAGUCGGUGAUGGUGGCAACUGCGUACGUGUACGCCUUGGUCUCUAGCUUGUUGAUCAAGCACGAUGAAGUAAUCAGGAGAGCUGAUAAUGCAUGGCUGUGUUUUCGAUCAACUCUAUGCAUGCUGGAGAAGGAGAUGCAUGCAAACUUCGUUGGAAAUACAUGGACAAGUCCCAAAGUGAAGAUCAAAGACUAUAAGCCUCCUCCAGAUCCUGCUAAAGAAUCGUUUCCUCUGGAUUCGAAUAGUUGUUUCGAGUUCUUCACAUUACAGGAUAUAUCAAAGGUCAUUGUGGACAAGAACUUGGCCUUGCUUACGUUCCUGCAGUUGCGCGUGAUUGUCGAAUUUGUGUUGUCAACUUCGCAGAACAAUCAUUCUCAUAACAUCCAAGAAUGCUCUCUGGGUUGGUGUAUUGUUGAAUUGGAACCUAAAAAUCAAUACGAGGGAGAAGCGGAGCUGUAUGCUCUGCUAAAUGUGCAUAAUGGACACAAAAUGUUGCCAUUCAAAGCGGAUAAAGAAUUACGAUUGACAGCUAAAGACAACAUCUGGAGCUCCCAAGCUCAAGUAAACAUCAUGACGAUUCCUGGCAGCUUUUCCGCUUUGAUUUUCCGAGUCAAAGCAGUCAUCAAGACCACAAGUGAAAACAGAGAAGUUUGCCUUGGAUGUCUUCACUCAGAUGAGAGAACGCAGUACGCCAGUUCACAUCCGGAAAAUGCAGAAAAACAAUUGAGCGCGACGAAUUCAGAAAAAAGGACGGAAUCAGUCAGCAAAAAUUUAGGAAUGGAAUCUAACGAGUUUAGACAAAACAUUGAAUCAAUAGAACAAGAAAAUGUAGAAAACAGUGAGAUCUCAUCACAAGAAUCAAGUGAGGUGAAGCGUAUCGAGGAUGGAAUAGAAGGCAGUGUCUCCACUCCAGACAACAAAACUGUACCAGGAACGGCAACAAGCAAAACGGAAAUCGGAACAGAAAUAUUCCAACCAUGUCCAGAUCAUGAGCUCAGUCACGACACUUUUGUGGAACAAAGUAUAUCUGAUUUAACAGAUCAUGAGCCAGCAAUGGUUGAAAAUGACAACGUAGAGGCUUUCACGGUGCAAGGACACGAGGCUGGCACUACAGAGAAAAAUGAGGUCGAAUUUACAACAACACAGAAAAUUGAUGCAGUAGCAGGGAAUCCUCUCAGAGAAGAAUUGUCCGAAGCAGAAUUGAAGGGAGGGGGAGUUGUUGAAAUUCAGAAGGACACAGAGGCAGACGAGGCAACCCAGGUCGCAACUGCCACAAUCAUCCAAGGAGAAGAUAGGAUAUCAGCUGCCGAACAGGCUCACAAGCUGAAUUUGGUCGAAAAUGCAGGUCAAGACCCGGAAGUCGAGAUUACGAGAGUAGGAGUGCAGGUUGAUGUCGCGGCAGCAGGGGCAGGAGAAGCUGGCGCGGAGCAGGAUGGAGCAAGGGAAGGGGAUGAGAGAGACCGGGAAGCAGGGGAGGAAGGGGGAGGGUCCUCGAAUGAAGUCGCAGCAGGAGGGGCAGGAGAGGCAGGAGGAGCGGGAGGAGCGCAGGUUGAUGUCGCGGCAGCAGGGGCAGGAGAAGCUGGCGCGGAGCAGGAUGGAGCAAGGGAAGGGGAUGAGAGAGACCGGGAAGCAGGGGAGGAAGGGGGAGGGUCCUCGAAUGAAGUCGCAGCAGGAGGGGCAGGAGGGGCGGGAGGAGCGGGAGGAGCGCAGGUUGAUGUCGCGGCAGCAGGGGCAGGAGAAGCUGGCGCGGAGCAGGAUGGAGCAAGGGAAGGGGAUGAGAGAGACCGGGAAGCAGGGGAGGAAGGGGGAGGGUCCUCGAAUGAAGUCGCAGCAGGAGGGGCAGGAGGAGCGCAGGUUGAUGUCGCGGCAGCAAGUGCAUGUAACGAAGACAAUGAUCCGUCUGCAAUUGCAGAGGUAGAACAAAAUCAGAAAGCGGCAGCGACAGCGGACGAAUUGGCAAAGGGCUCACCAACAGGAGCAAGCGGAGGUGUCAGAAAAUUAGCAGUGACAGCCAGCGGGAUAGAUCGAGACACAUCAGGUGCAGACUUUGGGGAAAUAGCUGUAAAAGGGGACGGACAACAACAGGCAGCAGGUUCAGGGCAAGUCAACUUAGCGGUGAGUACAGAUCACGGAGGAUGUAUGGGUUUGAAAAAAGAGGAGACUGUGAAAUCGUUGAUUGCCGAGGAUAAAGUUGCCCUUGGGCCAAGGAAUAUAGAAGUAGACAAGUCAUUAAUUCAGAAGCAACCUGAUGAAUCGCGGGAAAUUCAAUCCUUUUGUAGUGCUGAAGGAAACACGCAAGUCACAAGCAGAAAGCUAGAUUUCGAAGCUUCUGAAAAUUCUGCAAAUUUGGAAGCUGUAAACCUUGCCAGCAAGGAGGAAACCCCUGCCCAAAGGUCCGAAAAUAUGGAUCUUUUAAUCGCAACUGGUUGCAGGGCUGCAGAGAUUGAAGGCAACAAGAGUUGUGUGCAAACUAAAAUAUCGGAUAUGAAGCCGCCAUCCUCUGACUCGGAGAAGGCUACAUACGUUGAAAAUGAAUUCAAGUCAUUGCCGAUAGAGGUAAUAGAAAAAGAUUCAGGAGCAGAGAGAGAGAGGUCGAAUUCGGACGAAGGUGAAAGUGCAACUGCAAUGAAGGAUCAAGGCGAACAGUUGCUUGUUGAAAACCAGAAGACACUGGAAGAUGCAUCAAAUUCUAAUCACGGAAAAGAGAGACUAACUGGCGGCUCACGAUCAAGACGAUCGAGACACUCGACACGCGCGAUACCCUCGGAAGAGAAGGAAAAAGAUGAGGCUGGGAAGGAAGGAAGUUACAACGCUCUCAAGGAUGUUGUAGGUGACGCGACAGAAAAUUCGCAAGCAGAGGUGACCAGUAGCAGAAGAAGGUCAGCUUUGCGAAAACUUGGGCUUCAAAACAAGUCAAACAGGUCUGCUGAAAUAGUUGAGGUAAAUAAGUCUCUAUCGAAUGUUCCAAAUAGCGAUGAAAAUCUGGCAUUGAAACUCGAAAAAGAACGAAGUAUGGACAAGACAAAUGAAAAAUCAAGAGUAUACACGACUGAUGGACCCAUGCCAGGAUCAAUUACAAAUAUUGCGCAUUCCAAUGGACAUGUAAUUACCACAGCCAUUCAACAGAAAGCCAGUCAAUCACCUCAAGUUUGGAGUGAAAAUUUUACAAAAGGUUUACUGAAUCUUUUCGAUGACUUUUUGCCAAAAUCAAUAUCUUCACUAUCAAGUCGCAGUCCUGCAACUGUCCAGAAACACACAAAAACCUUGAACUCCCAGGGGGAAAUUUUGAUUUUGCAAUUUGUCGCUGUCAGUGUUCCUUGUGAAAUUUCACGGAUAUACUGCACGAUUGAAUUCUACAAUUUCAGUGAAUGUGCAACAGAGAAUUUCCAACUCUACGCUUCUGAAAUGGUCCCAAAUAACUUCCGUUCUUUCUUUACUAAAUCUAUUGCAAAUCUGGAAAUUCCUAAGCUUACCUUACAAUUCAUCACCGGAAAUCAAUUUGAUACAGAUAACGAUUCGAACUUGUUUCAAAAGGACUUUUUGAGGUACAUGGAAAAGGGCAGGUUGAGGAUUCAUAUUUUUGAUGCGGAAUCCAAUCUUCAGAUUGGCACAGCAACUGCACCUUUGAACAAAUUGAUACGACAUGAUAGACAAAUGGUUCAGGUGGUUGAGAAUUGUGAUAUAUUCAAUUCGACAUAUAUCUCAUCAGUUGACAAGCACACGCAGUAUGAUGUCGAAUCGGACCACAACAAGGCUCAAUGUCGUUUAGACAUUGACGAAUUUGUCGAUGAUGUAUUGACAUGGGAUUAUGGGGAAGAAGAUAAGAAAGGACAAUUGUGCAUACGUUUGAUCCAUGCUGUAUGCACGGCAGAUGAAAAUGAAAUCGUAUCCAAACAAGACAGUCCUCCGAAACGAACUAUCUUUGAAAUUGAAGAUAGCAUCGGUUUUCAGAGAAGGACUUCAGAUCACGAACAUGACUGGAAGUGUCUUGCAUUGAUACACGGCAAGAUUCAAGAGAUUCAAGAGCUUGUUCGCCGGUCAAAGACACAGAAUGGAGAUCAAAACUUGAUUUUUGAGACCCGUAGCACCAAAAUGUCCAAAGAUGAAUUGAUAAAGGCUGUGUUUGAUGUAGGUAUACAAUUCACGCAGCGUCAGGCUAACGAAAUAUGCAAUGCUCUUCAUCAGACAUUUCUGCAAGAGCACAUGCAAACCGCCAAUUCGAUUGGAAUUUCUGAGGAUUUAAUAGAUAUUUCUUGCAUACAAGCAGGUUUUGAUUCUUUAAUUCUCAAUUCUGGAUGUUCACAACACGAACAGAGAUUACUUUUGGACUUGAACUCCAAGUUGUUGACAUUCUUUGCGUCUGCCUACGGGAACUUGGAUCGAGCAUGGGAAAUUCUUUCACAGAACGAGGAAUAUCGUCAAGAUGACCUUUUGGAAACAAUGAAAGAGGCCAACAUACACUUCGAUGGACCACAUUACCUCCUAAGUGAGAACUUGACUUUGAUGGGCAAGAACAGCAACGAAGGUGUUCCAAAGUCUCGAUUUUUUGGAUGGUUUGGUGUGGCUGUUUACCUAGAGAAUGAGAGGAGAAACGAUGUUGCAGACCCUGAAACAACUAGUCAUAGGAAAAAACUCCUGAGAUGGAAGCGAACUCAAAUGAUACGAAGGAGAUUGGAAGCGGAAGGUGCAGGAUCAUUGCCUCUUCCACAGGCUGAUGCAGUUAUCGAAAAUGCCCAGUAUCAUCAUGACAAGUAUCGAGAGCAAAAAGUUUCAUCUUAUUUGCAAACAUCAUUGAUUUCGAAACUGACUCUGAAUUGCCACUCUGGGCCAUCGAAAUAUUUUCUUCACUCCUUUCAAAAUCCAUACGACAAUCACAGAAUUUUCAGAGUGGUCAUCCAAGAUACUGACUUGGACCUUGUAACAGAUAAAGAAGAGUUGGAAUUUCUUGCUCAUUCAAAUUUGAUUGACUUGAAUCAAAAUCUUGAUGGAUACCUGGCUGAAAAAGUAUCCAUCGUAAACGGACAAGAAUCACCAGUAAAUGUUCAUACUUAUGAUGUCUGGAUGACAUCGAAGGAAGAAAUCAGCUUUGUCUUCAAAUUUCGAACCCUCAAUUUCUCAGUCUCAAGUAUGGGUAAUGAGUGCACCAGCAAUGCAACAAAAGUUGAACAAGAGCCAAAGAUCCUUCCUUUGUCUACCUUCCCUUCUGGAUUUUACAGUGUCGACGACAUGAAGUUCUUCUCCUCUAAGCCCGAUACGCUUCGGGGAGCCAUUGUUACAAGCAAAGAAGAACAUAUCAGUCAACAGGGGAAUGCACAGUCGAACAGAUGGAAACUUUGUAUAGAGUUCAAGCCCAACAAAGGAUUGUACACGUGCAUCUUGACCGCAGUAGCCUGCAAACCACACAUCUCCCAGCGGUACAAGAUCACACUGGUUGCGGGGAAGAUCUCGAACAAGAAGAUUUCAUACUCCAAUCCCUACGAUCAUGAGAGGCGAUUCAGAAUGAGAGGCAACUUCCCAGACAUUCUCAAGUUUCAUGGAAAGCAAUUUUCUGAGGUCCGGAUUCCUCCAAAGUCAAAGCGAUAUUUCUCAUUCCAAAUCGAUCUGUCGACACAGGUUCAAGAUACUGUUCGUGAAGUCUUACUGUUUGUUACAUCUCUGGAUGAGCAUGCCAGGUCGCGGCGUUGCUUGGGUGUGUGA